UCUCUCUCUUUUUCCCAUAAAUCAUUAUUAUCUAUAAAUGUCUAAAAACGUUUCCACAUUUCCCUCUUAAAAUCUCUCCAAAAUCAAUUUAUUUCUUUCUUUAUUUAUUUCUCUGUGUUACAAAGAAUAACAAAUAAAAAGGCGACGACAUCGUUUCCAAUCCAAAGUCUCUCCUUCAUUCACCAUUGAAAGAAAGCCUCAGAAGAAAAGUUAAAAGAAUGAAAACGACGACGACGCGGCUUCUUGAUCUAAAGGCUGCUAUGGCUCUUCUUCUCCUCCUCCUCUACGUGGCCUUCUCUCCGCCGCUCGUUUCCGGCGACCCUGGACGGCGAGUUAGCAUGACACUGGUUCGAGACGCCGCCGCUCUUGGUGCUUUUUGCUUGGACGGGAGCUUACCGGCGUAUCAUUUAGACAGAGGCUUCGGUGCUGGAUCAAACAAUUGGCUUUUACAGUUUGAGGGAGGAGGAUGGUGCAAUGAUAUAGCAUCAUGCGUGGAUAGAGCAAAGACCCGUCGAGGCUCUACACGUUACAUGAGCAAGACCGUCGUCUUCUCCGGUAUCUUGAGUAACAACGCCACUCAAAAUCCAGAUUUUUACAACUGGAACAAAGUGAGGCUGAGGUAUUGCGACGGAGCAUCAUUUGCGGGAGAUUCACAACAUGGCAAUGGGACGUCACUGCUUUAUUUCAGAGGACAACGAAUAUGGAAUGCCAUUAUUCUUGACCUUCUUCCCAAAGGCUUAGCAAAAGCCCACAAGGCUCUUCUGACCGGUUGUUCAGCUGGUGGUUUGUCUACGUUUCUGCAUUGUGACAAUUUCACGAGCUAUUUGCCUGAAAACGCUAGCGUUAAGUGCAUGAGCGACGCUGGAUUCUUCCUUGACGCAAUCGAUGUAGCAGCAAACCGGACAAUGAGAUCUUUUUACAAACAGCUUGUGUCUCUACAGGGUAUACAAAAAAACCUCGAUCCAAAUUGCACACACUCAUUUUUUCCUGAGCCAUCUCUGUGUUUUUUCCCGCAAUACACAUUACGAUUUAUCGAAACGCCAUUUUUCAUCUUAAAUUCAGCUUACGAUGUAUUCCAGUUCCAUCAUGGCCUGGUUCCACCUUCUGCUGAUCGAACCGGGCGUUGGAAUCGUUGCAAGCUUAAUGUGACAGCAUGUAAUCUACAUCAGCUCGAUGCACUCCAAGGGUUUAGGAAAGAUAUGUUGGAAGCUUUGAUGAAUUUCUUCAGGAAUUCAAGUAGAGGAGGAAUGUUUAUAAACUCAUGCUUCGAUCAUUGUCAAAGUGCUUUAGAAGAGACUUGGCUCUCUCCUACUUCACCAAGAAUCCACGAUAAGACAAUUGCUGAGACGGUUGGAGAUUGGUAUUUCGGGAGAGGAGAAGAAGAAGCUAAAGAAAUUGAUUGCCCAUAUCCAUGUGAUAAAACUUGUCAUAAUCUCAUUCCAGCUUCUACUUCAGAUUUUUUGGCUUCUAAUGCUCCAGGCCAUAACUAUCCUGGGACUUUAAUUCGACGCCAAGUUGAUCUAGAUGAACUUAUCUAUUGACUUUAGAAGUUGAUGUUAAUUCAAGAUUGCAGUGGUAAAAUAUGCCCAAAUGUGACAAAUAAUUCAAUAACUACAAUACUUCUAGUAAUGAAAGUAAUACAGUAAACGCAAUGUUUAACUUUUGUCAA